AUGACGCAGAUCACAAGGCACCCACUAAAGAGGCAAAGCCAGGAAUCCCGUGGUGUGAUCGCCCCGUGUGGCACCUGGUGCUGGUCUGCACCAAACCCGCUGUUGCUUCUGGGGCAGAAGAGCCCAGGGAAGCUGCUGGUCUAUGGCCUGCCCAAGCUGCACUCCGAGGGAUUGGAACACUUCCGUUCACGGCUGUCCCUGGCACAUAGUACAAGGAAUGUCACCAGUUCCCAGGUCCAGGUGUUUAAAAGCUCCCAGGAGAUCCAGGAGAGGCUUGUCCGGGCCUACGAACUCAUGCUGGGCUUCUACGGGAUCCGGCUGGAGGACCGAGGCACAGGCACAGUGGGCCGAGCACAGAACUACCAGAAGCGCUUCCAGAACCUGAACUGGCGCAGCCACAACAACCUCCGCAUCACGCGCAUCCUCAAGUCGCUGGGUGAGCUGGGCCUUGAGCACUUCCAGGCGCCGCUGGUCCGCUUCUUCCUGGAGGAGACGCUGGUGCGGCGGGAGCUGCCGGGCGUGCGGCAGAGUGCCCUGGACUACUUCAUGUUCACCGUGCGCUGCCGGAACCAGCGCCGCCAGCUGGUGCACUUCGCCUGGGAGCACUUCCGGCCCCGCUGCAAGUUUGUCUGGGGGCCCCCAGACAAGCUGCGGAGGUUCAAGCCCAGCUCUCUGCCCCGUCCGCUCGAGGGCACCAGGAAGGCGGAGGAAGAAGGAAGCCCCGGGGACCCCGACCACAAGACCAGCACCCAGGGUCGGACCUGUGGGCCAGAGCACAGCAAGGGUAGGGGCAGGGUGGACGAGGGGCCCCAGCCACGGAGUGUGGAGCCCCAGGAUGCGGGACCCCUGGAGAGGAGCCAGGGGGAUGAGGCAGGGGGCCACGGGGAAGAUGGGCCAGAGCCCCUAAGCCCCAAGGAGAGCAAGAAGAGGAAGCUGGAGCUGAGCCGGCGGGAGCAGCCCCCAACAGAGCCAGGCCCUCAGAGUGCCUCGGAGGUGGAGAAGAUCGCUCUGAACUUGGAGGGGUGUGCCCUCAGCCAGGGCAGCCUCAGGACGGGGACCCAGGAAGUGGGGGGCCAGGACCCCGGGGAGGCCGUGCAGCCCUGCCCCCAACCCCUGGGAGCCAGGGUGGCUGACAAGGUGAGGAAGCGGAGGAAGGUGGAUGAGGGUGCUGGGGACAGUGCUGUGGUAGCCAGUGAUGGCGCCCAGACCUUGGCCCUUGCCGGGUGCCCUGCCCCAUCGGGGUACCCCAAGGCUGGACACAGUGAGAACGGGGUUGAGGAGGACACAGAAGGUCGAACGGGGCCCAAAGAAGGUACCCCUGGGAGCCCGUCGCCAAGCCCCUCCCCUUCUCCUUCGGACCCCUCAGGCCUCCUGAGCUGCCUGCGCUGGACCCUGUCCAGGAUGACAGGGUCCCGAAACUGGCGAGCCACGAGGGACAUGUGUAGGUACCGGCACAACUACCCGGAUCUGGUGGAACGAGACUGCAAUGGGGACACGCCAAACCUGAGUUUCUACAGAAAUGAGAUCCGCUUCCUGCCCAACGGUAGGUGCCCCACAACCGCUGGCAGCCGGCACUUCCAUCCUUGCCUGGCGGGGGUGGUCCACUGGGGCCUGGUUUGGGAUGUCCCCCGGGGAUUACCGGGACCACGGCUUUCAAAUAGCGCCACAGUGCCCCCUGGAGGCGGCCAGAGGGACUCCAGACAGUUCCUGCUCAAGGACCACUGGUUCCCCCAGAGGGACCUUCCGGGCUCUCACUUGGGUUUGCCGCCAGCCAGCAGCAAGGGUCCAGUUCACAGAUGGCAGCAGGGCAAGGGCUGCUGUUUCAUUGAGGACAUUCUUCAGAACUGGAGGGACAACUAUGACCUCCUUGAGGACAAUCACUCCUACAUCCAGUGUGCUGGGGUGAGCCACGUGGCAGGCGUCUCGGGGAUCCACAGUGUAGCCUCCAAACACAGCAAGCCCUACUUUGGGGACAGCUCUCUGGGCGUCCACAGGGAGCCUCUGCCGCCCAGCCCAGCAGGACCUGCAGGGGACGAGCCAGCAGAGAGCCCGUCGGAGACCCCAGGCCCCAGCCCAGCAGGACCUGCAGGGGACGAGCCAGCUGAGAGCCCAUCGGAGACCCCAGGCCCCAGCCCGGCAGGACCUGCAGGGGACGAGCCAGCCAAGGCAGGGGAGGCAGUGGAGGUGCAGGACACAGAGGCGAAGCCUUCUGCCAAAUCUGGGAAGCCUUAAGGAAAGGAUUCCCCGAUGGCGUGUUGGCUCUCCUGGCCCUGCUGCAGGGGCUGGGGCCUCCGGAGCUGCUGCGGGCUCCCCUCAGGCUCUGCUCCGUGACCCAUGACCUGCAGUGCUGGCCUCCCGUGGUGGCCACUGUAGCGGCCACCGGAAAGUGCGAGGCCCUCAGGGAAGGCCAAGGCCUGAAGAAGCCUCCUGGCCUGGCUGUGUCUUCCCCACCCAGCUCUCUCCCGCACCCCUGUCUUUGUAAAUUGACCUUUCUCGGGUGGAGGGGGUGGGGGGCAGGGCUGCUUUUCUUAGUCUGGUGCCAAGCAAGGCCUUUUCUGAAUAAACUCGUUUGACUUUGA